CGCUUACCACAACCGAUCGACUUGACGAAGCGGAAGGUCGUCGCGCCCAAGCCAUCGCGCAUUUGCUAACUUUCGGCCAUGGACAAACUCAAGAUCUUAGUACUCAACGCUGGUAGCUCAUCGCUCAAGUACAAGCUGUUCGCGGAGCAAACGGGGUCGACGCUGACGCCUCUGAUUUCCGGCAUGGUUGAGUUGGGGACGGAAAAGCAGGUCAAGCAUGCCACACACACGCCAACGUCGACGGUCAAGGCGUCACUGCCGCCGGUGUCCCUUCCCGACCACAAGACCGCGUUGUCGUACGUGAUCGACUUGCUGACCGACCCAACGCAUGGCGGGUUGAAGCACAAGAACGAAAUCCACGGCAUCGGCCACCGCGUCGUGCACGGAGGCGAAGCGUUCCACGACCACUCGCUCAUUACGCCGGCCGUGAUCAAAGCGUUGGAAGACAACGUGGACAUUGCGCCGCUGCACAAUCCGGCCAACAUCUUGGGGAUUCAAGUCGCGCACGAACUCUUUGAUUGCCAGCACGUCGCCGUGUUCGACACGGCGUUCCAUUCGACACUGCCUCCUGCCGCGUUUUUGUACGGCCUUCCCUACUCGCUGUACAAGGAGUAUGGGAUCCGGCGGUAUGGCUUUCACGGCACGAGCCAUCAAUACGUCGCUCAGCAAGCCGCAGCAUACUUGGGCAAGCCAUUCGAAGAGACGAACCUCGUCACGCUGCACUUGGGCAACGGAUCGAGCAUGUCGGCGAUUCGAAAGGGCAAAUGCGUCGACACGUCCAUGGGGUUCACGCCCCUGGAAGGUCUCAUCAUGGGCUCCCGCAGUGGAGAUAUCGAUCCCGCGAUCAUUCCGUUCCUGCACUCGCAUGCCAAGCUGUCCGUCGCCGACAUCGACAAGCUUCUGAACAAGAAGAGUGGGCUCUUGGGGCUCUGCGGCGAGUCGGACGUUCGGACCAUCCAAGACCGCGUCGUUGCUGGGGAUGCCCAAGCUGACUUGGCCUUGGAUGUAUUCGCCCAUCGCGUACGCAAGUACCUCGGCGCGUACGUGCUCCAACUUCACCCCAAGGUCGACGCGAUUGUGUUCACGGCCGGCAUCGGCGAGCAAUCGGCUGUAUUGCGCGAGCGCAUUUGCGCCGACUUGAAACACGUUGGACUCGAGUUGGACACCACCAAGAACGUCCCUGGCCCGACGAACGGCGUGCGCGAGAUCCACGUCGAUGGCUCGCCCAUUCCGAUUUUGGUGAUCCCGACCGAUGAAGAGAAGAGCAUUGCCGAAACGACGGCCCGACUUAUUAACUAACAUACCAUCCUGAUUUCCACCGACCCACACGUGAUCGUGUGGCAUGAAUCCCCAUGCGCAGAGAAGAUGUGCAGAGGAGAAUAUGAUUAAGGGACUGAGGCAUCGACGAGUUAUAUACACCGAGCUAUGGUGGUCUAUUUUCG